AUGGCGUACCAGGGCCUGGCCGCGAAUGAAGACGGGGGCGGGCUGCACGGAGCGUCGGCGUGGCGCUGGGGUGGAAGCCCCUCUCUGCCGUUCACCAGCUGCGUGACUCCGCAGCAGCUGGCGCCCGACUUCCCCCUGGCCCACCCCGUGCAGUCGCAGCCGGGCCUCAGCGCCCACAUGGCCCCGGCCCACCAGCACAGCGGCACCCUGCACCAGUCGCUGACUCCGCUGCCCACCCUGCAGUUCCAGGACGUCACAGGUCCCUCCUUCCUACCUCAGGCCCUGCACCAGCAAUACCUCCUGCAGCAGCAGCUCCUGGAAGCCCAGCACCGCAGGCUCGUCUCGCACCCGAGGCGGAGUCAGGAGCGUGUGUCUGUCCAUCCCCACCGCCUCCACCCCAGCUUCGACUUCAGCCACCAACUCCAGACGCCUCAGCCCAGGUAUUUGGCUGAGGGCACUGAUUGGGAUCUCAGUGUGGACGCCGGCUUGAGCCCUGCCCAGUUCCAGGUGCGGCCCAUCCCUCAGCACUAUCAGCAUUACCUAGCGACUCCUCGAAUGCACCACUUUCCCAGAAACUCCUCCUCCACGCAGAUGGUUGUCCAUGAAAUCCGAAACUACCCUUACCCUCAACUUCACUUCCUUGCUCUCCAGGGACUAAACCCUAGCAGACACACCUCCGCAGUGCGGGAGAGCUAUGAGGAGCUGCUGCAGCUUGAGGACAGGUUGGGAAAUGUGACUCGGGGAGCAGUACAGAACACCAUUGAGAGGUUCACCUUCCCCCACAAAUACAAGAAGCGAAGACCCCAGGAUAGCAAGGGCAAGAAGGAAGAGGGGGAGGAGUCAGACACAGAUGAGAAAUGCACAAUUUGUCUGUCUAUGCUGGAAGAUGGAGAAGAUGUGAGGCGCCUACCCUGUAUGCAUCUUUUCCAUCAACUGUGUGUGGACCAGUGGCUCGCCAUGAGCAAGAAAUGUCCCAUCUGCCGAGUGGACAUUGAGACACAACUGGGAGCCGACAGCUGAGGGAGGAAUUAGCCAGUGGACGCCCCAUUUUCCUUCACCAGGUCCUCCCCACGGCCAUAGCCCUUGCAGCCAAACUUUGCCUUCUGAGCCAUUUGAUGUAGAGGAAAAGCCUGCAAGCACAUUUUGUGGAAAGAGGAGUUGGCAGUAUCCGUGUCUGAGGGAAAGGAGGGGUGGGGGGAGGACCCCCCCCAUCCAGAAUGGUGACUGUCCCCAUCCACCUCGCUGCGCGGGAGGGAGCUGGCCGUGCCCGGAGCAGGGGUGGGAAGGGGGGGCCCAUGCUGCUGAGAAUCUGGACGGGAACUGGAAGGUCCUAGCUGACAGACAGGCCCCUCAAUCCUGUCCUUGGAAGGAUUGUACAUAUACCUCUCGACCACGUAGAAACCAUGUAGGGGUCUCUAGCUAUUUCUGUGGAUGGCAGCCGGAGCAUGUUAGCUUAAGAAAAAUGUCGUGUGUGGUGCUCUAGUCAUCUGUGGUGGACAUGUCGCUGUUACGAAUUCGCACCAAAUAUUUCUCAUUGAGUUCUUUGUUUUGGUGCCUGACUGAACCAACAAACGACAGCCCAAAUCUUCCCAUCUUUAUGAGAAAAAAG